AUGGCUUUACUUUCUAACCAUCAUAGCGAUUAUCAAUCCUGUUCUUCGGAUAUGCUAAUGUCAUCUUAUCCGACAUCAACUGGUAGGACAUAUGAUUCACUAUAUCCCUCCCCAUACAAUUCACCAAAUUGCGAACAAGUUAAAACAAUCUAUGGGGAAAAUUAUGUCUACAAAGGUGAAUUAACCCCACGAAGAGAACUUGAAAAUCUUGAUUAUGCUAAAAAUUUGGAAGCUGAGUAUUCGAGGACACCGGAGGGAUACGAAAGAGGACCUUGUGGUGUUAUGACACCCGUUACACCACAACGAUACGAUAGUCAACAUCAAAUUGAUCAUGGAAUGUCACCUAGGACGACUUUGUAUGAAGACAAUUCAAUGGAAUAUCAUUCGACGUCUUAUUGUUAUGAGAAUAUUGUACAAAAAUCCAAAUAUCAAUCUGUAGAAAGUGACAAAACACUUUGUACGAACACCGAGUCGCGGAGAAAUUGCUGGGAUGGGAUAUCUUCGACAAAAAAUCAAUCAUCACCAACGACACAACCGAGAAGAGGAAGACGACGUUCUAGCGACGUACCACCAUCACCGAGUGUUUUAAAAAGACGCAGAUUGGCCGCAAAUGCGCGUGAAAGACGUCGCAUGAAUGGUUUGAAUGAUGCAUUUGACAAAUUACGCGAGGUUGUACCAAGUUUAGACAGUGAUCAUAAGCUAAGUAAAUUCGAGACACUUCAAAUGGCUCAAACUUAUAUCACCGCACUAUGUGAAUUACUUGAGAAACAUGAUGGAAAAAGAUAA